AUGGGAGGGAAUUCUAGUAGCCAGUUCGCUGAUCUUUCGCUAGGGAAGUGUGAAUUCAACUACAUGACACGCCUAAUCAAAGAAAAGAAGUUCGGUCUCGCUAAGCUCCUCUCAAGAAACUGCAGAUAUGUCGACGACCUCAACACCAUGAACUAUUUGCAUUUCUCUAACCUAAUCAGGUCCAUUUAUCCACCUGACCUGCUUAUGGAGAGGAGUGGUGACGACAAUAAGUCCGUAAACUAUCUCGACAUCAACAUCUCGAUGAAUAACUCCGGACACGUCGCCACCAAGCUUUACAACAAACUUGAUGACUUCAACUUUCCUGUGGUCAUAAUGUGUACUCUCAGGGAGAAAGAGGAGUUCAAUGAAGAAGAAAGCAAAACCGUGGAAUUCAAGGCACACAAGAGCAACUCUCCUAACAAAGUACUUCCUACUAGAAUGAGGUUACGGAGACUUAUCCUCCUGGACAAGAAACUGUUAACUGUUUUGUACUCUCACACUUUCUACGUCACAGAAUCCCAGUGUCUCAAUGAUCCUCUCUAUUGCGAGAUUCCAACCAAAGUCGAGAUUUUAGUGAAAGCAUUUGUUGAAAAGUACUCUGUUGAAAGUGAAUACAAAAUAAACUUCAAGGCUGGUCGUGAUUCUUGUGAUAGGGAGGACUGGUUUCCUGUGAUCUCUAUAAAUGUAGACAGCAAUGAUAUCUGGCCAGUAGUGUACCUCACAACAUCUAAACACAUUAUUAUCGGUAUUCCACUAAUGAAGAAGAGCGACACUUCAACAGGGUUUAGCAAAACCCCGGAAAUACCCGCCACUCUGCAGCUACUGGACACGUUUGGGAACUUUUUGAGAGAGUUGUCUUCUGAACUCUCUGCUGAAGAGCCAGUGUUUGACAUUGAGGAUGUACUUAAUUUUGUGGCUCCGUACGGUAUUCUAACCAACAGUUCAGUGGCCAACUUUAAGAAUGCUUUGUCAGGAACAGCUAUUCUAGAGACUUCUAGUAGAGAGCACCUACAGAGCAGUGCAAAGCUAGCUCCUACAAUCACUGUAACACUAAAGGAAGCAGUCAGAGGGAUAAUCUACAACAGGAAACGGUUACAAGACACUUUCGAUUACACUGGCUCCCUUUAUCUAGUAUCGACACUACCAGUAAAAACAGACAUCUCAGCGACAUUGCUGACCACCCUAGACCUGACGGAUGUAGUCCCUGGCCCUCAGCUGGACAAGUUCCAUGAUACUUUCAAAGAAAACAGGCUGCAGCUCUUUUUAACACCCGGCUACGACGUCACUGAAGUGUUCAAGUACGCAUUUGAGCAGGUGAAACCGCCAAUUUUCGCGACCUAUAAAGUAACAAACGGUAAUCCUGGUCUCGCCUUCACGCUAGAUCUUCAGUUCUUUCUUGAGCAAAAGAUAUCAUUCGAUUUUAUCGAGGUGGCUCUACCCUUUCCUAACCGCGGUCCUAUUAACUCUCUGAAGUUUGAACCUCAAAACAGUGAUGUGGUAAUGAACAAGAAGAAAAAUCAGAUUAUUUGGAGACGAGCUAAACCCCCCGUUACAGAAAAGUUAACACUGACGGGUAACCUCACGUUUGACUCCCGCCAUUCCCGUCUGGACGGACAUCCCCAGCUCAGAGACCUCAACUCGUACGCGGACAUCUCCUUCAAGUCAAGUUCCACUACAAUGAGCAAGAUGAGGCUAAAUAGGGAAUCUGUGACGGUGUUUCCUGGUAUCAAGUUCAGGUUGAACUACGAGGUGAAGAGCACUGGUCAGAGUAUAAGGGUAUGGAACUCUGUCGGGGAAGUGUUUGAUCAGUAG